AUGGAACACUCACGUGAUAGGGCUGCUGGUGGAUCUAUAAAUAGUCCUCCUUGGUUCGAUGGUGGAUGUGAAAAAUAUACUCAGUGGAAGAUAUACAUGAAAUCAUAUCUUUAUGCUCAAGAUGAACAUGUGUGGAAUAUUGUAGAAAAUGGCUGGACUAUACCUAUGGUACAAGCAAAAGGAGAAAGCUCUUCCACUACAAAUCCCAAACCAAGGAAGGACUGGACUGAGGAAGAAGUUCGUGAUCUGCAAGCAGAUUUCAAGGCCAAGAACAGCAUUUUCACUGCCCUAUCUGAACGGGAAAAACUGAGGAUAAGUCACUGUGAUACUGCCAAGCAGGCAUGGGACCUUCUACAGACUACAUAUGAAGGAAAUAAAAAGGUACGUGCACAGAAAUUACAAGCACUGGUCUUUGAAUUUGAAACUAUGACUAUGGGAGAUGAUGAAACCAUUGAUGACUUCCAUGGUAGAAUUCUUAAAAUUUCUGGUCAGUGUCGGAGUCUGGGAGCACCUUUCGAUGAAGAUAAGAUUGUCAAAAAAAUCCUCAGAGCCUUGCCAGAAAAGUUUCACUCAAAAGUCACUAGUAUAGAGGACUCUUUUGACAUUGAUGAAUAUCCACUUGAUGAGCUCAUCGGCAAUCUCAAAACCUAUGAGAUGAGGUUAAAACCUGAAAAGAAAAACAAGGGAGUUGCCUUCAAAGCCGUAAAAGGAGCAGAAGAAGAAGAAGAAACACUAGAUCUCGCUCUACUAACGAAGGAAUUCAAAAAAUUUCUCAAAGGCAAGAACUCCACUAGAAAUCCAAAUGCUCCUAAGAAAAACUCUUAUGGAGGAAGCAGUAGUAGCGGUGAUUACAACAGCAAGAGUGGAAAAGGAAGCUUCAAGGGAAACCUUUCAGGAAAGCCGAAAUGUUAUGAAUGUGGUGGCUAUGGCCAUAUCUCCACUGACUGUGGAAACAGGAAGCAUGGAAACAACAACAACAAGUCUCUUCUCUCAACUUGGAGUGAUGAUGAAUCUCAAGAAGUUGAAAAUCUGGCUCUUGUAUCAUCACUUCUACCUGAUUCAGACAGUGAUGAGGCCUUCUCUGAUGAUGAAACAAAUGUCCGCUGCAGACAACUCUACAAAGCCUCAAAGGUUACUCUGCUUAGAAACUUGAAUUUGGAAAAAGAAGUUGAAUCUCUGAGAACCGAAAAAGAAAAGGCGGAGCGUCUAUUGGAAUCUUCACACUCUGCAUGGAAAUUAGAGAAAAACAAACCUAUGAGUGAUCUACUAGACGACCAAGAGCUGUUGGCAUGGAAGAUUGAAAAAAAUGAGUGCCUCAACAGGAUCAAAUUACUAGAACUGGAUGUUAAAGGACAACAAGCAUUAAACCUGGAAUUGUCGGCUAAAAAUGAGUCUCUUCAAGAUGAAUUGAGAUUGACUCAAGAAAGAUUCACCAAGUUUGAUAUCAGCUCCAACUCCAUGUCAAAAUUGCUCGGAUCUGGAAAAGCUCCCCAUGACACUUGUGGUUUAGGAUACACUGGAGAGAAUUCCAAAAGUACCAAGUUUGUAAGAGCAUCAAGACAUUCUGGAGAAAAAGAAGAAGUCACCACUAAUGAUCAUGUCAAGAUUAUGAAGGAAGGCAAGACAAUUCCAAACUGUCAGGUAAACAUUGACCAAGAUUUCCCCACUGGUCAAAACAGGUACGCAAACUCCAGAACUUUUGUUCCUAUUUGUCAUCACUGUGGUAAGAUAGGCCAUAUCAGACCUAGGUGUAAUGAAAGACUUUCAAACUCACAGUUCUCUCAAGAAAAAUGUACGGUUGAAUCCCUACAGGUUGAGCUUAAAGAACAAAAAGAACUCAUUAACAGACUAGCUGAAAUUGUUUCUAAGAAGGACUUUCAAACUGGAAAAAGGAAAAAGAUCUGGACCAAGAAAAAUGAAAGUAAUUAUCUUAGUUCUUAUGAAACUAAUGAUACAUGUCUUUUCGCAUGUGCAAGCAAAGCUCAACAAGGCUCUCACAUUGAGGCAACUUGUUUGGUAGCCUUGACUGCAUUAGCUGACAAGCGACGAGAUUUCUGGUAUGUUGACAGUGGUUGCUCAAGACACAUGACUGGAGACAAAUCUUGGUUCACAUCCUUUGACGAUGAAAACACAACUGGAUCAGUCACGUUUGGAGAUGGAAGGAAGGCAAAUAUUCUAGCUCAAGGCACAGUAAACACUGCAGGUAUACCUAAUCUUAAAAAUGUCUUAUUCGUUGAAGGCUUAACUGCAAACCUGAUUAGCGUCAGUCACUUGGCUGAUGACUAUGAAGACGUGUGGUUUAACAAACAAAGAUGUUUGGUCUUAAAUCAGAAAGGAGAAGGUAUCAUGGGAGGUAAGAGAUCCACUGAUAACUGUUAUCAUAUUCAAGCUAAUGAAUCUUCUAGCGUGCAGUCUUGUUUGUCUGUAAAAUCUACAGAGGAGACCUUUGAACUUUGGCACAGGAAGAUGGGACAUGUUAACUAUCAGGACUUGCUGAAAUUAUCUUCCAAGCAAUGUGUCAGAGGCUUGCCAAAUUUAAGGGGCAAAACUGACAAGAUAUGUGGAGAAUGUAAAAUCGGAAAACAAACAAAGGCACCUCACAGAGUGAUAAAUUCUACAACAACCUCAACAGUAUUGGAGCUGUUACACAUGGACCUCAUGGGACCGGCUCAAUCUGAGAGUAUUGGAGGUCUCAGCACAAAUUUUUGGGCUGAGGCUGUCAGCACUGCGUGCUAUACAAUGAAUAGAGUCCUUCUCAGACCAGGUACUGAACAAACAGCAUAUGAGCUAUGGAAAGGUAAGAAACCAAAUGUGGGGUACUUUCAUAUUUUUGGAAGUCCUUGCUACAUUUUACGAGAUAGAGAACACCUCGGUAAAUUUGAUGCUAGAAGUGAUGAUGGUGUGUUCUUGGGAUAUUCUCCGAACAGUAGAGCUUAUCGAGUUUACAAUAAAAGAACUCAAAUUAUUAUGGAAUCUAUUAAUGUCUCUAUUAAUGAUCAAUGUAUGAAACAUGAAGAAUCAUUUGCUGAUCCGUCUCCCUCUUCUACUACACAACCUCAGAACACAGAACAUCCAAAUGCAGAAGAAGGAGAAGAAAUCUCUGAAAACAUCUUCGAACCAGCUCCAAAUCCAAGGAGAGGGUUCAAGCAAGUUCAAAAGGACCACUCCACUCAAGAUAUCAUCGGGAAUCUAACAGAUGGAACAACCACCAGGAGAAAAGCUACAGCACAGGUAAACCCCUCCGAGGUAAGUCAAGAGAAUGUGUUCCUAUGUUUCGUUACCAAAAAUCUGCUAAGCAUGAAUAUUAUCUCUCACUUUGGUUUUGUGUCCAUUAUUGAACCAAAGAACAUUAAGGAAGCCUUGUUGGAUGAUAACUGGAUUAGUGCUAUGCAGGAUGAGCUGAAUCAGUUUACUAGGAAUGAUGUGUGGUAUUUAGUACCUCGACCUAGAAAUUGCAAUAUCAUAGGAACCAAAUGGAUUUUCAGAAACAAAAGUGAUGAAAAAGGGAAUGUGAUUAGAAACAAAGCCAGACUAGUUGCUCAGGGAUAUUCUCAGGUUGAAGGUCUUGACUUUGACGAGACCUUUGCUCCUGUAGCUAGACUAGAAUCAGUUCGUUUACUUCUCUCUGUAGCAUGUCAUCUCAGGUUCACUUUAUUUCAAAUGGAUGUCAAAACUGCCUUUUUGAAUGGGAUCCUUCAGGAAGAAGUUUAUGUAGAACAACCUCCGGGUUUCAAAGAUCCACAUAACUUAGAUCAUGUCUACCGACUCAAGAAAGCUCUGUAUGGUCUGAAGCAGGCUCCCAGAGCCUGGUAUGAAAGGCUUUCUACACAUCUUGUGGAAAAAGGGUAUACCAGAGGCUCCAUUGACAAAACAUUGUUUGUCAAACGAACUAAAAAUGAUAUUAUCAUUGCUCAAGUGUAUGUUGACGAUAUUGUUUUUGGUUCCACAUCCAAAUACCUUGUCAAAGAAUUUCAAUCCGUCAUGGAAAGUGAAUUUGAAAUGAGUAUGUGUGGUGAACUAACCUUCUUUCUUGGAUUGCAAGUAAGACAGAUGAAAACAGGACUGUUUCUAUCUCAAACCAAAUACGCUGAGAAUUUGAUCAAGAAAUUUGGUCUCGAAUCUAAGAAGACAGUGAGCAAUCCCAUGAGUACCACUACUAAGCUACAUGAAGACCAGGAAGGGAAAUCCGUUGAUCCGACACUCUUUCGUAGCAUGAUUGGAAGUUUACUGUAUCUUACUGCCAGUCGACCUGAUAUUUCCUACAGUGUGGGAGUAUGUGCUCGCUUUCAAGCAAAUCCCAAAGAAUCCCACUUAGAAGCUGUCAAAAGAAUCAUUCGAUACAUUUCAGGUACAGUCACCUGUGGUAUUUUCUAUACAUUCGAUACUAACGUGGAGAUCGCAGGGUACUCUGAUGCUGACUGGGGAGGCAACCUAAAGGAUAGGAAAAGCACUUCUGGAGGCUGUUUCUUUAUUGGCAACAAUCUUGUAGCUUGGCACAGCAAGAAACAAAAUUGCAUUUCUUUGUCCACUGCAGAAGCUGAAUAUGUUGCUGCUGGGAGCUGUUGCACACAAAUGCUGUGGAUGAAACAAAUGCUUCAUGAUUAUGGCAUUUCUCAAGGUAAGUUGUCUAUCUUCUGUGAUAAUACAAGUGCCAUUAACAUCACAAAGAAUCCUGUUCAACACUCUCGAACAAAACACAUUGAUCUUCGAUAUCAUUUCAUUAGGGAUUUGGUUGAGCAAAACAUUCUUGAAUUAAGCUUUAUGCCCACUGAGAGUCAACUUGCUGAUCUAUUCACUAAACCUCUUGACACUGCUAGGUUUGAAAUGUUGAGAAAUGCUCUGGCAUAUGUUCUAAGCAUUAAGUGUGCAGGGUAUCUCAUCAUGGUUCGCACAAAGAUCACCACUCGCCUUGGCGGACACCGGCGUCUUCCUCCUCCUGAUGAGGGCCGUCAGGCCGCUGCCCGAGCCGACAUCCUUCAUCCCGGCAUGCACCGUGAACGCAGCCGGAGCCCUCUUCGUGGUCCCUCUCCUUCUGGUGCCCCCUCUGCUGUUCCUCCUCCUCCUGUAUCUCUGGAUAGCCUUCGUGACUCCAUCCUGGUGACUGACUGGCGGCUUGCAUGUCUUACUACUGACAUGGACGACAUGCACUCUCUUCUGGUUCGCACUCAUCAUGCCGUAACCAACCUCACCAAGGAAAUCCGGAACCUGCAGCGCCACCCUCCCGGGUUUGACGCUCCCGGUCCCUCCACCGCUGUUCCGGCAGCAGUCGCCCCUGCGGAGAGCUCGACCUCGAUGGAUAGCGAGGAAUUUCACGACCAUGUCAUCAAGCUUAUGGAGGAAGUCGAAGGGCAUUCCCCUUCAAAGGGGGAGAAGUGA